GUCAUUGAAAUAAUUUUUUUUAAUGGUUGCACAGCUUAAGAUAUCUAAAUACAUAUUUAUAUGACUUGGCAUAAUGUACAUCAAAAUAUAGAACUUUCAACCGUGUGAGUUGUAUUUCCUUUUCCUACAACUUAAAUUUUUAGUGUCACAUCAUUAUAUAAUGAUUUUAGAGACCAUCCAUGCAUUUAUAUGUCAAAAUACAAAACUUCUCUUACUCUCUCACUCUCUCAUCAUCCAUUAAAAUGAUAGAGAGUGGUUAGUUAUUCAUUCAUGAUGAAGUGAUAGAGAAGAGCAUGAUUUCUUUUUAAGUGGGCUCAUAGCCACCAAAUCAAAAAAAGAAAGUAACCCUUUUUCUUUUUCUUCUUUUUUUCCCCUUCCUAGUUUGAAGUACUCCUUUUUUCUCUUUAUGGCUUCUAUAGCAAGACAAAUCAAAUAAGUACUCACAACCUUUGCUUAUACCCCAAAGCACCCCCUCCAACCAUAACACUUAAUUACAUCUAUACACAUAAAAAUGAAAAAGGAAAAGAAAGUUUCUCUUAUAUACAUAUUUUUUUCCAAUGUAGAAAGUUUUCUAAUGCUUCUUAAACAAGAAUAAUGGAAUGAGAACACACUACACUUCCAACUGAAAUUCAAUCAUGAUGUCAUUACCUUUUCUAUCUAUUCUUAUACUCACUGUCUCUUCUUAACAACAUCAUUCAUUCAUUCAUUCAUAAAAUCCAAAAAAAUAACUGACAUUUUUCUUAGGAAACUUUUUGGUUUCUUAGGAAAAUUCAAAACAAAAAUGUUAUCUUCUUCUACCUCUUCUAAGAUACUUAUUGGCAUCUCUUUGGACCCAAAUGAGAGCAAAGAUUUGCUCUCAUGGGCAAUCACAAUUCUUGCUCAUCCAAAUGAUGAUAUUGUUGCUGUUCAUAUUCUUGUUGGCAAAGAUAAAAAAAAGUAUGAAGUGUCAAGAGAGUUUCAAUCGCGGCUUCGUCGAGCUAAAGCGUUUGUUAUAUCUGUUUUGGGAGAAUUUGCCAAGACCUGCCAAUUCAAACAGGUUAAUUUGGAGGCUAGAGUUGGAUUUAGCUCCAAAAUAGGAAGAGGUUUAAUCAAGGAAGCAAAUUCUGUUUCAGCAGAUUAUCUUAUUAUUGGAGGCUCAAGAAACAGAUCAAAUAGACCUACAAGCAUUGCAAGAUAUUGUCUUAGAAAUUCACCUAAUGGAUGCACACUUGUUGUAUUUGGGAAAUGUAUGCCGCCACCACAACAAAGUUCGGAUUCGGAUUCUGCUCACUCUAAAGAAAUUGUAAGAUCAAGUUCAAGGUGGAACAAAAGUAACAAAGCUAUCUCCCCAGCCGAAAAAUCAGAAUCAAAGAGCAAAAACAGCUCGCCGAGAACUGUUUUAGAUGAAAUCGAAGUUGAGUAUCAAAGCACAGAAGAUGAGACACUAAGUUGUGGAGAUUCAAGCAUAACAUACUCAACUUCUGUGACACCAAACUUUACUAAGAAAUCCAAACAAAGAAAACAAAGUUUCUCGCCAUGCAGACUUGUGUUUUCUUUCCUUGGCUCGCCGUUUAGGAGAAGAAGAAACAACACGAAAGAAAUCAAGAAGCCUUUGUUAAAGUGUUUUAGCUAUGAGGAAAUCAUGAAAGCCACAAACAACUUCAAUCCAGAUAACAUAGUAGGGAGAGGAGGGUACUCUGAGGUUUAUAGAGGUGAUGUUUGUGAUGGAGAAACCAUUGCUGUGAAGAGAUUAGCUAAGGACAACAAAGAUGCUAAGAAGGAGAAAGAGUUUUUAAUGGAAUUAGGCAUAAUUGGUCAUGUUUGUCAUCCUAAUACAGCUACUUUAGUUGGAUACUGCAUUGAGAAUGGUCUUCAUCUCAUUUUCAGUUUUUCACAGAAUGGAACUUUGGCUUCUGCAUUGUAUGGUAACGAAGAAACCACUCUUGAUUGGCCAAUUAGAUACAAAAUCGCCAUUGGUGUGGCGAGAGGUCUACACUAUCUUCACAAGUGUUGCAAGCACCGGAUCAUACACCGCGACAUAAAAGCUUCAAAUGUUCUCCUUGGACCAGAUUAUGAACCACAGAUUACUGAUUUUGGACUAGCAAAAUGGUUACCAAACAAGUGGACUCACCAUGCUGUGAUCCCAAUUGAAGGCACAUUUGGUUACUUAGCACCAGAAUAUUUUAUGCAUGGAAUUGUUGAUGAGAAAACUGAUGUUUUUGCUUUUGGAGUUCUUCUUAUGGAGAUUGUAACUGGUCGUAGACCUGUCGAUUCUUCUAGAAGAAAUCUUCUUAUUUGGGCAAAACCUUUAAUGGAAUCAGGAGAUAUUGCUAGUCUAGCUGAUCCAAUGAUGGAAGGUAAAUAUGACUCUGAGCAACUCCAUAGACUAGUCCUCACUGCUUCUUAUUGCGUAAGGCAAUCCUCGAUUUGGCGUCCAUCGAUGAACGAGGUGUUGGAGCUAUUAACCAAUGGCCAUGAUUCUGAAGUUGUAAGAAGUUGGAGGAUUCCAAAAUUUACUUCUGAUGAGUUGGAUGACUACUCUAUGGUUUAUGGUUAUGAUGUUCCAACUGAUCAAAUUUUAGAGGAUUCUUUGAGUUUAAGUAUGUAGGUUUUUUUUUUCUUUUUUAAAUUUUAAUUUUAUUUUGGGAUUUUGCUAGUGUUUUUUUUUAAACUAGUCAUGGUUGAGUUGACUAAGUAAUAGAACAAGUUUAAGGCUUUAAAUCAAGAUCAUCUCAAUAUCAAAGAGUAAUAGAACAAAGUAAGUAUAUUAUCAAAGUUUUUGUAUUAGCUUUACAUGUUAGAAAAAAGAGUGCCAAGUGUUAUAUAUAUUACUUGUCAAUUUCUUUUGGGUUGAUUCUUGUAUGUGAUUUAAUGAAUUUUGAUGACCAAGUUAAUAGAUAGUUUAAAGGUGUACCAAGUUUGA